AGGUAUUGCCUGACGCCUGCGAGUCGUGGCCCUUGGAGCUCGGCGAGCCGAAGGCGUUCAGAGAAGAGAUGCUGACGUCGCGGCCCUUGCGGCGGCGGCCGUCAAGGGCUUGGGCGUCUUGCUGCGGCUCUCGUCCCACUCAUCGAUCUGCUCCUGCCGCGUCAUCUCCUCGACCUCCUGCUGCUCCCGGCGCUCUCGGCGCGCCUGCCGUGCGCUUUGUCCGCCGGCUGCCUCGCGCAGACUGGCGCCGCGCGUGCCGAGCACGACCUUCUCUCUGCUCUGGCGCUCUUGCGCCAUCUCGGCAGGCGUGCGUGGCCGGCCAAGUGCAUCGCCCAGCGCCUCGCCGUCGCCGAUUGUGUCGGUCGCGUUGCUGUCCACCGACAAGGAGCUGGACGUGGAGGCGUAGGAGUCGGCGCGCGCCAGCAGCGCGGGCCGGCCUUCGCUCUGUUCAGAUGAAGCCUGCGCCUGCUCUGCUUCCACCCAGCCGGCGAUCGGCGACAUCUCGGAGCGCGGCGAGACCUCAUCUGGCGGCGUGCUGUGCGACAGCAUCAGUGCGAGCUGCAGGCUGAACAUGAAGAUGCGCGCGACUCACAGCACGAGAGCUGGCGCAGCUGUCGGCUUGCUCGUGUCGCGCACAAUGCGAACGUCGCUCUUGACUGCGAAUUGGGAGAAGAUGGCAGCGAGUUCGAUGAGGGACAUCGGGAGGAGGAGAGCAGGUGUGGUGUCAGUGAGGAUGCAUGGGUGAGAGGCGGGAGAUGCGAUGCGAAGCGGGCGCCAGAUAGGGCGCCGCCAGUUUGCCCUGCGCACGCUUAGAUGAAGCUCUGCG